GUCAUCACAGUACAGUACUUAGUUCUUCAGAUCGCAGUUUCUGUUGUGUGUUUCCGUGCUCACGUGCUAGGGAAGCAGUAGCUCUAGUUUCCAGUACAGUGCGUGGAGGAUAGAAGGUAGUCGUUAGCGGGGUAGACUUCAUUCGUGUAGUUGUCAGGUCCUUUUUGCAGAUCUCUGAUCAUUCCUGAUCUCUGGUAGUGCUGCAGCAUUCAGUUGGUGUGUCUUAGAGUACAAGAUGGAUAUCACACAGGUUCUUCUGAAUGCUCAGUCGCCUGAUGGAAAUGUCCGGAGGCUGGCCGAGGAGAACCUAAAGCAGCUUCAGGAUACAAACUUUCCGGCAUACCUAGUUUCCUUGGCCCUGGAGCUUGCAAAUCCGGAGAAGCAGACAGAUUCUCGGCGACUUGCCGGUCUCAUCUUGAAGAACUCUCUCGAUGCGAAGGAGUCUGUUCGGAAGACCGAGUUUAUCCAGCGAUGGAUUGCUCUAGAUGCAGCUAUCAAGGGACAGAUUAAGGCCGCUCUGCUUGCUACCCUUGGAUCUCCAGUCCAAGAUGCUCGCCAUACAUCUGCUCAAGUCAUUGCGAAGAUCGCUGCGAUCGAGCUUCCACGAAAUGAGUGGCCUGAACUUGUCGUUGGUCUACUCGGCAACAUGGGAUCGCCAGCUCAGCCGCAGCCGGAUCAGCUCAAGGAGAGCACCCUUGAAGCCUUGGGAUUUGUUUGCGAGGAGAUCGCCGGGACUGACUCUCUGGCGCAGGAGCAGGUCAACAGUGUGUUGACUGCUGUCGUUCAAGGGAUGAACAAGACUGAGCCGAACAACGACAUCCGACUCGCUGCUACGAGAGCGCUCUCCAACGCUCUGGAAUUCGCCCAGACGAACUUCGAGAAUGAGGUGGAGCGGAACUACAUUAUGACCGUCAUCUGUGAAGCGUCGCUGUGUCCAGACGUGAGGGUCCGGCAAGCUGCAUUUGAGUGCUUGGUGGCCAUCUCGUCGACGUACUACUCGAAGCUCGCUCCCUACAUGAACGACAUUUUCCAGAUCACAGCCAAGGCGACGAGAGAAGAUCAAGAGCCCGUUGCUCUUCAGGCGGUCGAGUUGUGGUCGUCCAUCUGUGACGAGGAGAUCGAGCUCCAGGAAGAGUAUACGGCCGAUUCAGAGGUUACGAAUUUCAACUUUAUUAAGCAAGCUCUUCCAGCUCUUGUUCCUAUGCUGCUGGAGACGCUCACGAAGCAGGAGGAGGGUCAAGAUUCGGAUGAGACGGCGUGGAAUCUGGCCAUGGCUGGCGGUACCUGCUUGGGUCUGGUCGCUAGAACGGUGGGGAACGACAUCGUUCCGCUAGUCAUGCCGUACGUCCAGGAGAACAUCAGCAAGCCGGAGUGGAGGAACAGGGAAGCUGCGACGUACGCGUUCGGAUCUAUCCUCGAGGGUCCUGACACGGAACAGCUGGUACCGCUGGUGAACAGCGCGCUGGGCUUCAUGCUGAAUGCGAUGAAGGACGAGAACGCGCAUGUGAAAGAUACCACGGCGUGGACUCUCGGUCGCAUCUUCGAGAUCGUGCACGGAUCUUCACCGGAGAAUCCGAUCAUCAACGCCACGAAUCUUCCGGCCAUCCUGGCGGUACUGAUCGAGAGCCUCAAGGACGUCCCGAACGUGGCGGAGAAGGUCUGCGGAGCGAUCUACUUCCUCGCGCAAGGGUCAGAAGGCAGCGAAGGGGCUCUGUCCCUGACCCCGUACUUUCAACCGCUUAUCACGGCGUUGCUGGCGACGGCUGACAGGGAAGACGCGUCGGACUCGAGGCUGAGAUCGUCGGCGUAUGAGACGCUGAACGAGAUCGUGCGGUGCUCGGGGGAUGACACGGCGGCGACGACGGCGCAGCUGACGCCGGUGAUCAUGGAGAAGCUAGCGCGAACCAUGGACAUGCAGAUCAUCUCGACCGACGACCGGGAGAAGCAGAGCGAGCUGCAGGCGUUGCUCUGCGGCGUGCUCCAGGUGAUUAUUCAGAAGCUGGGAGCCAACGACGCGACCAAGGCGGGGGUGACGCAGUACGCGGACCAGAUGAUGGCCCUCUUUCUCAGAGUCUUCGCCUGCCGCAACGCCACAGUGCACGAAGAAGCCAUGCUCGCCAUUGGCGCGCUUGCGUAUUCUUCAGGCCCUGAUUUCGGCAAGUACAUGCCCGAGUUCUACCGCUACCUGGAGAUGGGACUGCAGAACUUUGAGGAAUACCAGGUGUGCGCCGUAACAGUAGGCGUCGUGGGCGACAUCUGCAGAGCGCUGGACGAAGCCGUGUUACCCUACUGCGACGGCGUCAUGACUCAGCUCCUCAAGGACCUCUCCUCGGACCAGCUCCACCGUAGCGUGAAGCCGCCGAUCUUCUCCUGCUUUGGGGACAUAGCGCUGGCGAUCGGCGAGCACUUCGCUAAGUACCUGGCGUACGCGAUGCCGAUGCUGCAGAGCGCGGCGGAGCUGUCGGCGCAGCAGGGGAUGAAUGACGUGUGGGACGAGGUGGUGGACUACAACAACCAGCUGCGCGCGGGGAUCUUUGAGGCGUACUCGGGCAUCUUCCAGGGCUUCAAGGCGACGAAACCGGAGCUCAUGGCGCCGUACGCGGAGCACAUCCUGCUGUUCAUCGAGAAUGUGUACCUGGACAAGCAAAGGGACGAGAUUGUUACCAAGGCUGCAGUUGGCGUCUUGGGUGACUUGGCUGACACGCUUGGAGUCGCCGCCGCACAGCUAUUUGCCACUCACCGCUUCCACCGGGAGUUUAUUGAGGAGUGCAUGAACUCAGACGAAUCCAUCAAGGAGACUGCUGAAUGGGCGCAGAGCAGGAUUGCAGCCAUCACAGCGGCUUCGAGCUGAUAUGGCUGAAGGGUUUGGGGUCUAGGUCAUGCAGGUCUGGCGAGCUCUUUCGCUCUUUUUUCUCGGUGGAAGUCAUGACAAGUGCACUUACCCGUAGGUUUGUCAAGAUUCGUGUUCUUUGCAGGUUGACAGACCCUGCUCUGGUCUAGCCGUCAGUGUUCACUGUCAGUCAGUAGGUUUAGGUAUGAAAGAGGUCGGCCACACACACCCAAGGUCUCUAUGGAGGACUGAUGAAGUCUGUCUCGUCCAUGCACGGGGCCCAGCAUUUGUUAGGCACGAGGACUACCUGGUCAGUGGUCAUGUCUGUCAUGUCCAUGCACAUCAUCCAUUAUUUUUAGGCAUAGCCCUGUCGUGGAGCAUUUGGUCUAGAGUUGUCAUGUCAUGUCCAUGCACGUCCAUGUCCAUGACCUGUUAGGUGAAAUGUCAACCAUAAUGUAUCAUGUCAAUUGUCAGAAAGCUGCGUAAUAAGCAUAAGGUCUGUUUGUGUCAUGUAUGAUUUGAAGUUAAUGAG